AUGACUACUGAUACUAAUCAACAGCAACAGCAACAACAACAACAACCCAUUUCUUCAUUAACUAAAUUAUUACAUGAAUCUUCUUCAACACUAACUACUCCGGUCCUAUCGAAAAAUCCAUCAGAAGUUUCUUUGAAUUCUCAACAUGUUAAAUCGUCUACUGUUUCUGGUGUUAACUCCACUAUAAAUUCACCACUUUCUGAAAACAACAACAACAACGGUAACGAUAACUCAUCAGCAGGUAUCAACAUAGCUUCAUCAAAACCAAAACCUCCAGCAAUAGACACAUCUGGCUCUACUAAUAAUGGACCUCAUAUAAUACAUGGUUUUGAUCCUUCUCCUUCUCCUUCUCCAAAUACAAAACCUUUCCCAAGCACCAACACAUCUUCAUCUUUCACCCCAACUUCUCCAUUUACAAGACAAUCUUCAAACUCUUUUUCAAGCAAUCAUGCUUUUCAAAACCCUGCUAGAUCAACUAUAGCCAGUCCAAGAAAUAUUAGAAAUAAUUCAGUUAGUCAUUCUUCAUUUUUCAUGGGUGGUGAAAGUUUAUCUACUUCAAUUCCUUAUUCUGCUCCUGGUGGAAGAGGUAAUUCAACCAGUCAUAAUGGUAAUUCCAAUGGUAAUUCUACUUCUUCAAAUGGUUCUCAACUUCCUUUACAACGUGAAGGUUCAUUUUCUUCUUUAAAUACUAAUGAUAGUGCUGGUAAUUAUUCAACUUCACAUAUUCCAAAUUUACCAAAUGGUCAACCUAUCAAUUCUAUUCAUUUCCAAUCACCCCAAGUCAAUGCUUCAAGUAUUGAUUCUAGAUUUGUUGUUUCCAAACAAAGAGUUGCUCAAGCCCAUGCUCAAGCACAAGCUGCUCAAUUGAGCAGUUCACAAAGAUCAGGCUCUCAAACUGGAUUAUCAUAUUUGUUUUCAUCUAAAAAUAAACCGGCAGUUAAAAGGGAUUCUGUCACUGAUUUGGGUUCAUUUUAUAAUAAUUCUUAUCAAGAUAGGGAUCCAACUUUACCUGGCUCUUCUCCAAACUCAUUAUCUUCGGCAGAAUCAAACUUAUCAUUUAGCGCCAAUAGUAGUGCACCAACAAGACACAAUUCUAUGGCUAAUUUAAAGAGAUUUUUCAAAAAAUCGACUCCUACUGCUCAAUCACAACCAGUUCAAGUCCUGAAUUUAUCUUCAUCAUUAAGAUCUGCUAGUUCAAGUUCUCAUAUUAAUGCCAUGAAUAUUCCAGGUAAUAAGAAUUCAAAUAAUGGGUUCAAUUCUCCUUCUUCAUUUAGUGCUACUACUUCAAAUGCUUCUUAUUCUCAAUCUCCAGGAAGUAUCACUAAUAAUAGUUCUAUACAAACCUCAUCAUCAGUAAGUCGUAAUUCUACUUUACAAAAUAAAAUCAACUAUCAAGAAAGACGCCAAUCUGUUCUGGGGAUUGUUAAUGGAUCUCAACAAUUGCCAUUCUCAAAAAGAUACAGUAAAGCUGGUGAAGAUUUGGGUGCUGGUGCAGGUGGUUCAGUUAAAUUACUUACUAGACUUUCUGAUAACACAACAUUUGCUGUUAAAGAAUUCCGUGCCAAAUAUCAAAAUGAAUCUAAACGUGAUUAUGCCAAAAAGAUUACCGGUGAAUAUUGUAUUGGAUCUACUUUAAAACAUCCAAAUAUUAUUGAAACUGUUGAAAUUUGUUAUGAAAAUGAACGUAUUUAUCAAGUUAUGGAAUAUUGUGAUUAUGAUUUAUUUGCUAUUGUUAUGUCUAAUAAGAUGUCUCGUGAGGAAAUAAAUUGUUGUUUUAAACAAAUAUUAGCUGGUGUUCAUUAUUUACAUUCUAUGGGUUUAGCCCAUCGUGAUUUAAAAUUAGAUAAUUGUGUUAUUGAUAAAAGAGGUAUUGUUAAAAUUAUUGAUUUUGGAUCAGCAGUAGUUUUUUCAUAUCCAUUUACCAAGACAUUAAUUGAAGCACAAGGUGUUGUUGGUUCAGAUCCUUAUUUGGCUCCCGAAGUUUGUGUGUUUAAUAAAUAUGAUCCAAGACCAGUUGAUGUUUGGUCGGCUGCUAUUAUUUAUUGUUGUAUGAUGUUGAAGAAAUUUCCAUGGAAAGUUCCAAAAUUAUCUGAUUCAAGUUUUAAAUUAUUUGCUAGUAGAGGUGAAUUUAUUCCAAUUUCUGAAAUGUUGAAGAAGACCCCUAAUGAUAUUGUGGAAAAAUCAAAUAGUAAUGGAAGUGGAAGUGGAAGUGGAAAUGGCCUUAGUAAUUUACAAGACAUUAGUGAAGCUUUAGAAGAAGAAAUUACUGCUACUCCAAAGGCAGCAAAAGAAACACCAAAACAAGAUAGUAAAUCAUCACCAGCUGCUUCUACACCUAAUGGUAAAGAUCAUACAUCAAGUGAGACUGGUGCUAAUAGGUUAUUAUUGGCAUUACCAGAAGAUUGUCGAAAUGUCAUUGGACGUAUGGUUGAAUUGGCACCUGCAUGUCGUAUUACAAUUGAUGAAGUUUUCAAUGAUCCUUGGUUAAGUUCAGUUUCAAUGUGUACUGUUGAAGAAACUUACACUGGAUCAAAUGUAUAUGAAGUUGUUAAAUGUGAAGAUCAUGAACAUACACAAGUUGAUCAAUCAAAAGCACAUAUUGCCGCUUUUGAAAAGAAUAAAAAGAAAUAA